AUGAUGUGCAAACUAAAACUAUUAUUUUUUUUAAUCUUUAUUUAGAUAACCAAAUAGGAUUGCAUAAGAUAAUUAAAUUAAUAAUAAUUAAUAAUAAGCAGAAAUUAUUAGAAUGUGAUAACUUAUCAUUCAGGUGCAUUGAUUUCAUCAAAAAUUAAAAACUAUUUUAAUAAUGGGGAUAAUAGUCCUUGUUUAAGGGAUAAUCCUUAUUUAGUUAUGCCAAAACCAAUCAAUAUAGGCUUUACCGGAUGUGAAUUGGGCCAAUAUAUUUCCAUCCUCUUCAUGUAAAAAUAUUUAUUGAAUACAUUAAAAAUUUGGUUUUGGGAUUUUGACUAUCUUAAUAAUCAAGAAGUCAGGUCAUACAAUAUAAAUGUUUAUGUCAAAAUAGAUUAGGUAAAAAAAAAAAUCUUUGAGAGCCACUUAGCAAAAAGCAUAAUGACUAUCGAAUUUCCAGAUUAGUUUGUUGAAGAGUUUUAAGUAACAAAUUUAGGAGGUAAUACUUACAAUUCAUAUUUACACAUCAUCAAAUUUGAAGCCUAUUACAAAUAUUCAUGA